UUCCUAUAGUCACGACUGUUGCGGCGGCAGCGCGAAGGGGGGCUGCAAGUGGCCCACGCGAUUCUCAGGUCUGGACCCUGUGCGGUGACUUGUGCAGCGCAGGCGCCUCCUUGUCCCCCCGGCGGGACCCCGGCUUCCCGCGGCAGGAUGUUCUCCCGAAGGAGCCACGGGGAUGUGAAGAAGUCCACCCAGAAGGUCCUGGACCCCAAGAAGGACGUGCUGACCCGCCUGAAGCACCUGCGGGCGCUACUGGAUAAUGUGGAUGCAAGUGAACUUAAGCAGUUUUUUGAGACCAACUAUUCUCAGAUAUAUUUCAUCUUCUAUGAAAAUUUUAUAACACUGGAAAAUAGUUUAAAAUUAAAAGGGAAUAAUAAGUCACAAAGGGAGGAGCUUGACUCCAUCCUCUUUCUUUUUGAGAAAAUACUGCAGUUUCUACCUGAACGCAUUUUCUUUCGAUGGCAUUACCAAAGUAUAGGCUCAACUUUAAAGAAGCUUCUACACACUGCAAAUUCUAUUAAGAUAAGAUGUGAAGGAAUCAAGUUGUUUCUUCUGUGGCUUCAAGCACUUCAGACAAACUGUGCAGAAGAACAGGUGCUGAUUUUUGCUUGCCUCGUGCCUGGUUUCCCAGCAAUCAUGUCCUCCAGAGGGCCCUGUACUCUGGAGACACUCAUCAGUCCAAGCCCUAGCACAGCUGAUGCAAAGAUAUAUCCAGAAGAAAUCACUCCACUUCUGCCAGCCAUAUCAGGGGAAAAGAUAGUUGAGGACCAAACAUGCUUUUUUCUCCAAAUACUAUUGAAGUAUAUGGUUAUUCAGGCUGCAAGCUUGGAGUGGAAGAAUAAAGAGAAUCAAGAUACUGGUUUUAAAUUUCUUUUUACAUUGUUUCGAAAGUAUUAUCUUCCUCAUUUAUUCCCAUCAUUUACUAAGUUAACAAACAUCUACAAACCUGUACUUGAUAUCCCCCAUUUAAGACCAAAGCCAGUGUAUAUUACUACAGCUCGAGACAAUGAAAACAUUUACAGUACAAAAAUUCCAUACAUGGCAGCACGUGUUGUUUUUAUUAAGUGGAUUGUAACUUUCUUUUUGGAAAAAAAGUAUCUAAGUACAGCACAAAACACUAAAAAUGGAGGCGAUGUAUUGCCUAAAAUUAUGCAGACUGUUGGUGGUGGUGUAGUUCAAGAAAGGGCACCAGAGCUGGAGAGUGAUGGACCUGCAGAGCCAGACAAAAACCAUUCUAACAGCAGCACCUUGUCAGACCGGAGACUCAGCAACUCUAGCCUUUGUAGCAUUGAAGAAGAGCACCGAACCAUGUAUGAAAUGGUGCAGCGGAUUCUCUUGUCAACACGAGGUUAUGUCAAUUUUGUGAAUGAAGUAUUUCGCCAGGCAUUUUUGUUGCCUUCCUGUGACAUAGCUGUAACAAGGAAAGUAGUUCAAGUGUACAAAAAAUGGAUCCUCCAGGACAAACCUGUGUUCAUGGAGGAACCAGAUAAAAAAGAAGUUGCCCAAGCAGAUGCUGAAAAAUUAGGAUUUUCUGAGACUGACAGCAAGGAGACUGCAUCUGAAAGCUCCGGUCAUAAGCGAUCUUCCAGUUGGGGACGAACAUACUCCUUCACAAGCGCUGUGAGCAGAGGGUGUGUGACAGAAGAGGAAAAUAAGAAUGUGAAAGCUGGGGCCCAGGCUACACUGCAGGUAUUUUUGACAAAUGCUGCAAAUGUCUUUUUGCUGGAACCAUGUGCUGAAGUUCCCAUACUCUUGAAAGAACAAGUUGAUGCUUGUAAAGCUGUUUUGAUUAUUUUUAGACGCAUGAUAAUGGAACUUACAAUGAAUAAAAAGACAUGGGAACAGAUGUUGCAAAUACUACUCAGGAUAACGGAAGCUGUCCUGCAGAAGCCAAAGGAUAAACAAAUAAAGGACUGGUUUGCCCAGAGUUUGGCAGGAUUACUGUUCAGGACACUCAUUGUGGCUUGGAUCCGAGCAAACCUCUGUGUGUACAUUUCUCGAGAGCUCUGGGAUGACUUUCUUGGUGUGCUGUCCUCUCUCACGGAGUGGGAGGAACUCAUAAAUGAGUGGACCAACAUUAUGGAUUCCUUGACAGCAGUACUUGCAAGAACUGUUUAUGGAGUUGAGAUGACAAACCUACCUCUGGACAAAUUACGUGAACAGCAGGAAAAGAAACAACGAGGCAAAGGUUGCAUUCUAGAUUCUCAGAAAGGAACCACUGUGGGGAGAUCCUUUUCUCUCAGCUGGAGGAGCCACCCAGAUGUGACUGAGCCAAUGCGAUUUAGGAGUGCCACCACAUCUGGGGCACCAGGAGUUGAGAAAGCAAGAAAUACCAUUCGCCAAAAAGCAACUGCUAAGAGAAGCCAGUCUAUCAGCAACUGUGUCCAACUUUCUGAGGCUUUGCCUGCUACUAAAAGCAUCCCGCUCCUCCUUCACAACGUGAGCACUCUCUUACCUGGUCUCUCUUACUCCUCUUGCUCUCACAGGCUACCAGAAGUGGAAGAAUGUCAGCAGUCAGAAAAUGCACCUGCAGUUGAAUCUGGUCACCUGGUGGCAGAGCAGCAGCAGCAGAUUAUUCGGAGCAGCAGUACACCUGAUGUCACUGAGCCACUGUGCUCAGGGUCAGCUCAGGGUCAAAAGGUAGAAAACACACAGAAUUUGAGUUCUUCAGAGCCUAAGCCUAUCCAGGAGAAUAAAGGAUAUGUGAAGAAAGAAUAUGAAGGAAUAACAAUCUUAGUUCGAAGAAGCAGCAGCUCUGCUGAACUGGAUUUAAAAGAUGAUUUGCAGCAGACACAAGGAAAAUGUAGGGAAAGACAGAAGAGUGAAAGUGUCAGCAGUGACACAGCUCUUGGCUGGAACAAUGAGGCAGAGUUGUCCAUGACUUCAUGGCAGACCUGUGAGGAAGAUACAGAACUGAACUCUCCCACAGAUGUUGUAGCUGACUCUGAUGCCCGCCAUUGGUUACAACUGAGUCCCACUGAUACUUCAAACUUCACAGAUAGCAGCGAAUGCCUUGCAGAUGACUGCAGCAUAAUUGCUGGAGGGAACCUCACUGGUUGGCACCCAGACUCUGCUGCUGUGUUAUGGCGAAGAAUCUUAGGAAUCCUUGGAGAUGUGAAUAAUAUCCAGUCGCCAAAGAUCCAUGCCAAAGUUUUUGGCUAUCUAUAUGAACUCUGGUACAAACUAGCAAAGAUACGAGAUAAUCUAGCAAUAAGCCUGGAUAACCAGUCUUCUCCAUCUCCUCCGGUCUUGAUCCCACCACUCAGAAUGUUUGCAUCAUGGCUAUUUAAGGCAACGACAUUGCCAAAUGAAUAUAAGGAAGGUAAACUACAAGCCUACAAAUUAAUCUGUGCCAUGAUGACCAGACGCCAGGAUGUUCUGCCAAACUCAGACUUCCUUGUACAUUUUUACCUUGUGAUGCACCUGGGAUUAACCAGUGAGGAUCAGGAUAUCUUAAAUACCAUUAUAAGGCACUGUCCACCUCGUUUUUUUUCCCUGGGUUUGCCUGGCUUCUCAAUGCUGGUAGGGGACUUUAUCAUGGCUGCUGCCAAGGUUCUCAGUACAGACAUGCUGGCGGCACCUCGUUCAGAAGCUCUCACCAUUCUAGGCUCUCUUGUCUGCUUUCCAAAUACCUACCAGGAGAUCCCUUUGUUGCAGUCAGUGCCAGAAGUUAGUGAAGUCAUUAUAGGAACUGAAGAUGUCAAGCAUUGCCUCAUAAAUAUUUUACUGAAGAAUGCUACAGAGGAACCAAGUGAAUGUGCAAGAUGCAUUGCCAUUUGCUCCCUUGGAGUCUGGAUAUGCGAAGAGCUUGCACAGUGUACAAGGCAUCCUCUGCUGAAAGAGGCCAUCAAUGUGAUAGGUGUCACUUUGAAGUUUCCUAACAAAAUCGUGGCUCAGGCAGCUUGCGAUGUUCUUCAGUUGCUGGUUUCCUACUGGGAAAAGCUUCAGAUGUUUGAAACCUCUCUGCCUCUGAAAAUUGCAGAAAUCCUUGUGGCCACAAUUGCUUUUCUUUUACCAAGUGCAGAGUACUCCUCAGUGGAAACAGAUAAGAAGUUUAUUGUAUCCUUGUUACUCUGCCUCUUGGACUGGUGCAUGGCUUUGCCAGUGAAUGCCCUUCUCCACCCAGUGUCUGUGGCAGCCCUCGAGGAACAGAACUCAUCCAGAGCCCCUUUGCUGGACUAUAUCUACAGGGUUCUACACUGCUGUGUAUGUGGCUCAAGCACAUACACCCAACAGAGUCACUACACACUGACCCUGGCUGACCUGUCAUCCUCAGAUUAUGACCCUUUCCUACCACUGGCAAAUGUGAAGAAUUCUGAGCCAGUCCAAUAUCAUUCAUCAGCAGAAAUGGGCAACCUGUUUACUGUUGAAGAGGAGAGGAAGAGACGAAGUUUGGAGCUAAUCCCUCUGACUGCCAAAAUGGUGAUGGCCCACCUGGUGAACCACCUGGGACACUUCCCCCUCCAUGGGGGCCCAGCUGUACUGCAUAGCCUGGUCAGCGAGAAUCAUGACAACACGCCUGUGGAAGCUUCUGAGCUUUCCUCCGAGGUGUUCAGGAGUCCAAACUUGCAGCUGUUUGUAUUUAAUGAUAGCACCCUCAUCUCCUACCUUCAGACACCCACAGAAGGAAUGGCAGGCAGCUCACCAGUGGGCACCCUCUCAGAUGUGAGGGUAAUUGUGAGGGACAUCUCGGGAAAGUACUGCUGGGAUGGGAAGGUUUUGUAUGGACAUUUAGAAGGCUGCUUAACACCCAACAACAGAAAUCCUUCAUUUCUGAUUUCGAGCUGGCAUCAUCAACCAUUCGGACCUCAGAGAGAUUUUUCUCAGACUGCAGAGGGAGAUGAUGUCCUUGAUAAAUUACUUGAAAACAUUGGCCACACUAGUCCUGAAUGUCUUUUACCAUCACAGCUAAAUCUAAAUGAGCCUUCCCCACCCCCACUUGGAAUGAACCGUGACCAAGAGAAGGAAAUCAUCAAGGUCCUUUUGCACCAGAAUGCACAAGAAGAUGAGUAUGUUCAGAGGGAUAACUCUGAUUCGGCCCUGAGAGUCCCCAGCCAGGAGCAGCCCUCACCAGUGGAACCCCAGGGACCCUUUUAUUUUUGCAGGUUGUUGCUUGAUGAGUUGGGAAUGAAUUCUUGGGACAGAAGGAAGAAUUUUCAUCUGUUGAAGAAAAAUUCAAAAUUAUUGAGAGAGCUAAAAAAUCUAGACUCCCGUCAGUGCCGUGAAACACAUAAAAUUGCAGUGUUUUACAUUGCUGAAGGUCAAGAAGACAAGUGUUCAAUCCUUUCCAAUGACAAAGGAAGCCAAGCAUAUGAAGAGUUUGUUGCUGGACUUGGAUGGGAGGUGGAUCUCUCAACCCACUGCGGAUUCAUGGGUGGACUUCAGCGCAAUGGCAGCACAGGUCAGACUGCUCCUUACUAUGCUACGUCGACUGUGGAAGUGAUUUUCCACGUUUCCACUCGGAUGCCAUCAGAUUCAGAUGAUUCACUCACCAAAAAGCUCCGCCACUUGGGGAAUGACGAGGUCCACAUUGUCUGGUCUGAACACUCCAGGGACUAUCGCAGGGGUAUUAUCCCAACUGCAUUUGGAGACGUUUCAAUCAUUAUUUACCCAAUAAAGAAUCACAUGUUCUUUAUCACGAUAAGGAAGAAACCAGAGGUUCCAUUUUUCGGGCCUCUGUUUGAUGGAGCCAUAGUGAGUGGGAAGUUACUGCCAAGCCUUAUAUGUGCCACAUGCAUCAAUGCCAGCAGGGCUGUGAAGUGCCUCAUCCCACUCUACCAGAGCUUCUAUGAAGAGCGAGCUCUGUAUCUUGAAGCAAUAAUUCAGAACCACCGUGAAGUAAUGACAUUUGAGGAUUUUGCAGCCCAAGUCUUUUCUCCAUCUCCAAGCUACUCCCUCAGUGGAAUGGCUUCCACUGAGGAGGACUGGCCCAGGAAUUGUAAGGAAACACAGAAGGCUCUGGAGACCUUGUGUUCUGCCUUUACUUCCCUUCUGGAGCUUGAAGUCUUGUUAGGGAAAAGCAGAUACUUGUGAACCACCAAAAAUGGCUAAUGAUUAAUAAGCCCAGAUUAGUUAGCUCCAAAUUAUAACUACAUGUCAAAAAAAAAAAAAAAAAAACAGUCAGUUAACGGUUUGCAGUUGGGUUGACAUUUUCCUGAGAUGGGCUAUGCCAUCUGCCUUGUGAGUCUGGGAGAGAAUGAAAACUCGCCUAAUGUGUGUUAGAUAUUCUACUAAGCAGCCUGCCGGCCAAUUUUUAACUUUCUCACAUUGGCUAAGAAUUGAGACAUCUGAGAACUAGGAAGUCCUGGACAAGAAGAAUAUAAAGGCCAAUAAAUGUAGGAAGAGAAGAAAGGGAAAAAGGACCCCUUUCAUAACCAGUACAGGGACACUCCUGCUCCAGGGCAGGUUUCCAGAAAAAGAAGAGACCUAAGAUUAUGUAUUCUAAAGUGUUGACAUUACAUUUAAUUUGUUCCUUUGCAAGAACUUGAAGAUGCUGCUUUUUCUGUGAAUUGCUGUCUUCAUUUAGUUCUGGUUUCACAGUCCUUGCAGGGUUUUAAGAGCAAGUGGCAUCUUCCUCCCUGCCUAGCUGCUAAUUAUGGCCUCUGGGAAUACUUCAGCAGUUGCCAAGAGAUGGCCAGCAGGUACCAAGAACUUUUCUCAGUCAGUUUUUGAAAAUGACUCUUAAUUAAAGCUUACUGGAAAUAACCUUGAGAGUUUGUUUCGGAAGAGCCUGGAGCUUCUGACACCCUAGAUUUACACUCCUGUUGAACCAUGGCUGUGCUCCUUAUGUCUUUCUGGUUCUAGUAGGUAGAACAUGUACAACCUCAGCUGUUAGGGUGGUUCCUACAAUACUCCAUGGCUUUGCUUGAUUUUCUGUUUAGCAAAACCCAAACCAAAACAGAGGCCAAAUGGAGCCUCUCUUACCAGCAUUUAGGUCUGCUGAUGGAAAAAAGAAAGAAUAUUUUACACUUUUUUUUCCCAGAGGGCUCUAUGAUGAUAAACAGGAAAUUAAACCUCUAAACAGCAUAAUAAAGAAAAAAAGUUGAUUCCAUUUUCCCCAUUAGCCUUUAAACUCCCUCAAAAGGCUGAAAAAAUCCCUUAAAAAUUAGAAACAUGCCAAUCAACUUUAUUUUUUAAAAUACCUAAAGUAUUUACAGCUUCAACAUGGCCAAAAUCAAUUUCUCAGCCCUAAGAAACCUAGUAGCAUACUGUAAAGAGUGCCAAGAAAGACUAGGCAGAACCCUACUUUUUGACGACUUCAAGAACAGGAGACAGUAAAUCCACCUACCUGCCACCCUAAUGCCAGGUCCCUGCCCACAGCGCUCAGCUGCUAACCCCUGGUUGACACUCAACGAAUAUCUCUCUUCUCGCCAGUGAGGUUGCUUGAUGGUGAAGAAAGCCACUGUGGGUCUUCCAGGACUCACUGUGAGGUUCUACUCCCCCAGCCCUAACCUCAGGCAGAGCCAAUAGAUGCAGGCUGCCUGUGUAGUAGCUGCUGAUGUAUGUUUGGGCAGACCCUGCAGCCAGCGUGAGCCUGUGCAUGGUAGUUAGGGAAACCUUGCUCCCUAGCUACAUCCCUAGGGCUCCAAGAAGUAGCUAGAGAAACAGUCCAAGUCUAGUUAAUGCCAGAGCCCUCUUUGACAUCUCAGGCGUGUGCUCUCUGAAGUCAGCUCCUGACCAGGGGGUUGUUAGCUGGAUCACCAGGGGCAAGAGUCCCACAGGAGAGGGAUCACCACAGAGAAGAAAGGAAGAGAAACCAAAAAUGGGCACUCCAUGGCCAUGAAAUUUGACUCUUGUGCCUCUUUACCCCAAUUACCCAAAAGCUGGUGAAUAACGAAGUCAUAUUUAUAUUAACCUGAUGUCGCUUCGGUCCUGAGACACUACACAUGCACACCCUUUUGCUACAGCUUGAAUACAUUGGAAUUGUAGCCCCUUACUCAUCAGAUCAUCACUUAACUCUGUGAGGAGUCAGGCCUUCAGACACUCAUUUCAUAAAUGUUGAGAAUAUUGAGGGUUACUAAG